UCGCCAGACAGAGCGAGCCUGCCAGGCAGCCGCCAGCUCGGGGAGAGGCGGCUUGUGCCUUUCACAAACGUGGGUUUGUUUCCCCCACAGCGUCGCCAGGUUGCUCAUUUCCCUUCCCCAAACUGAAAGGGGGCGGGGAGAAGACGGUGAAGGAGGAAAACCUGAAGCAAAAUCACCUCCUUUCUCGCCGAAGUCUCGGAGAGAAAGAAAAAUAAAGCCCCCUCUGCCGCCUGUCUCCACAGGCAGCGGCUCAGUCCUGCUUCUCCAACGUUGCACCAGGUGUCAGCAGAGAUACCCAACUAGCUCGGAGCCUCCUGGUUAUAUAGUAACCUGUUGCUUUUGGUCGGUGGCUCCACCUCUCCCUCCUCCUCUGCCUGGGCUGAGGGAGAGCUUCCACCUGCUCUCAGUGGAGCUGCGAGGUCUGCACGGGGAGAAAGGAGGGCGAGGAGGCGCGAGAAGAAGAGGGAGCCGUCAGGAACGGAGAGGGUCGUUUCCUCUUCCCCAUCUCAGCCCCGGGCACCGUUUCCCCUUGGGCGGGAGGUCGGCGGUCACCUCAGGGAAGCCCUUUGCUGAGCCCAGCAGAGCAGGAAGCCCCAAGUUCAGAAUGGCAGGGAAGCUGGACUAAGAGGAAGGGAGCCGCUCAGUGGGGAAGGAAUUCCGAGGACCCAGGAACCUGGAAGAGUCCAGCUGGCUUCUGAGGGAAAAGUGAAUGCCCUGAAAGCAGUAUGAGCCACAAGGGAUCAACAAGCAGCCACCCAGGCUCUGCAAAUGGUAGCAUGGGGAAAGCAGAUGGAGCUGCCAAAAUGAGUGCAAAGGAUUUAUAUGAGCAGAGGAAGAAGUAUUCCAAUUCUAACGUCAUUAUGCAUGAGACGUCACAGUACCAUGUACAGCAUUUAGCCACCUUCAUCAUGGAUAAGAGUGAGGCCAUUGUAACAGUGGAUGAUGCCAUCAGGAAACUCAAACAGCUGGCUUCCAAAGAGAAGAUCUGGGCCCAAGAGAUGCUGUUGCAAGUGAAUGACAAAUCCAUCCGACUGCUGGACUGCGAAACUCAGGAAGAGCUAGAAGACUUCCUUCUGCCAACAGUCCAGCUCUGCCAAACUGUGCUGAAUCAGAUGCGGUACUCAUCCAUACUCCUGCUAGUGUGUCAAGACUCAGAGCAGCACAAGCCUGACAUUCAUUUCUUUAAUUGCGAUGAGGUGGAGGCAGAGAUGGUACAUGAGGACAUAGAAAGUGCACUUGCUGACCAUAAGUUUGGAAAGAAGAUACGGCCGCAGACUCUCAAGGUAAACCAAGAGAAGAUUAAACAGAGACAAUCCAUCCUCCCACCACCUCAAGGGCCAGCUCCAAUUCCUUUCCAGUAUGAAGCAAGAGGCUCACCAAAGAACAACCAGAAUCGAGUGGCUCCUCCUUCACAGCAUCAUGAGCCAGAAUAUGAUCGACGAAGCUCCAGUUCUCAGGACUAUGAAGAGUCCCGGGCAAUUUUAGCACAGAAGAUUGAAAAAGAAACGCAAAUCCUAAACUGCACUCUAGAUGAUAUUGAGCUGUUUGUUGCCAAGCUUCAGAAAGCUGCAGAAGCAUUCAAACAGCUGAACCAAAGGAAGAAGGGAAAGAAGAACAAGAAGAAAGGUCCAGCAGAGGGAGUUCUGACCCUGAGGGCAAAGCCCCCAAAUGAGGCUGAAUUCGUUGACUGCUUCCAGAAAACAAAGUUGGCACUAAAUCUCCUGGCCAAACUGAGAAAACAUAUCCAGAAUCCAAGUGCUUCAGAAUUAGUGCAUUUCCUGUUUGGACCAUUGGAAUUGAUAGUCAAUAGCUGUGGAGGUCCUGAAGUUGCAAGGUCUGUUGUCAGCCCACUUCUUUCUAGAGACGCCACAGAUUUCCUGAAAGGGCAUCUGACACCAAAGGAGAUGACGCUGUGGGAGUCCUUGGGGGAGACUUGGACAAGGUCAAGAGCUGAGUGGCCAAGAGAAGCCAACAUCCCAAGCUAUAUUCCAAAGUUCCGCAACGGAUGGGAGCCACCUCUUGAAAUACUCCGUGGAGCCCCUUGGGAAAUAGAUAUUGGCCACCUGCAAGAUGAGCUGUCAUCACCUAAUGGAUAUUCCAGCCGGAACAUAAAGCCUGUCCAGACAUCUGAUCAAAGUCCAGCAGUGGAUGCUUUUGCUCAACAUGUUACUCAACAUGUGAACAGGAAUUUUGAGGCGCAGGGUAUGGCCCCGUCAAAGAGAUAUGCCAAAAUCCGCUAUGAUUUCACUGCUCGAAAUGCCAAUGAACUUUCAGUGCUGAAGGAGGAAAUUCUGGAGGUGUUGGAAGAUAAUAAACAGUGGUGGAAGCUGCGAAAUAGAAGUGGGCAGGCUGGUUACGUCCCAUUUAACAUCUUGGAUCUGGUGAAACUGGAGGAUUAUGGGCUAAUUGAACAGAAAUACAAGGGAGACUUGAGUCCAAGGGGAACUGGACCAUCCAGCCCCUCACAUAAGUUACCUGCCAGCUAUGCUGGGGAAAUGCUCGCCCGGAAUUCUCCUGAUGCCAAAGAACAACUGAUUCAUCAUAUGGAUGAAGUCAAUGAUGAACUGCUGAAAAAGAUCACCAAUAUCAAAGUACAACCACCCCAGAGAAACUUUAAAGUAGAGAAGACUCAACAGGUUCAUGUGCCUCUGACCUUUGAAUCCAAUGCUGAGGAGGUCAAAGCAUGGCUGGAAGCAAAUUCUUUCAGCAAAGGAACUGUGGACCAUCUUGGCAUACUAACAGGGGCACAACUUUUCUCUCUGAACAAAGAAGAGUUGAAAAAAGUAUGUGGAGAAGAGGGUGCCAGAGUGUAUAGUAAAAUCACAGUGCAAAAGUCUCUCCUAGAGAAAAGCAGAGGGGAGUCGGAGCUUCAAGAAAUCAUGAAACGACGCCAAGAAAGGAUUGAUUCUGCUAUUUAAGUUUUAUCUUCUUAUCCCCCUGCCCCUUGCCCCAACACACACACUUGCAAAAAACAAAAACAAAAAACAAAAAGGGAAAGAGAGCAAAACAAAGAAAAAUGGAAAAAAGACUGCUGGAAUCAGCACCUAAGCAAUGUAAAUUGCCAUCUAGAUUGACUGUUCCUUCAAGCACUGUUAGUGAGGCCAUGCUCCCUCACUAACGUGGCAUGCAUUGGGAGAGAGGUUCUAGUAUUGUAUGAAGUAUUAUUUUUAUAUCUCUAUAUUUUAUACAUAAAUGUUAUGUGCGUGAAGUUCAGAGCAUGGUAAGGAUAGGAACUGACAUUCUGAGCAAAGGCUGGAUUGAAGCAAAAUGGCCUCAAAAUUAUCUAUGGCAGUCAGCUUCCUGUGUGGCCCUUCACUAUUUUCAAAAAGCCUCAUAGAAUGGGCUGGGGGCAGAAAUGAUACAAGCCUAUAAGGAUGUUCUGAGGCCCUGUAUUUUGAAAACUACAAGCCGGCUGACCAUUCAGUUGUGUUUUUGUACACAACACAACAAAGCCUGGAUUAGCCUAAAGUGGGAAGGGGAGGGGAGAGAUUACUUCUGGGGCCACUGUUGUGACGUGUUAUAUUAAAAAAAACCAACACAAGACAAGAUGAUGAUCAACUAGCAGGCAAGUGAUUUAAAGUUGGUUUUGGAUUUUUCUAGAAUGAAGUUGGCAACCAACUCGUCUUUUCUCCCUCCCUAGCUCUAAACUGCAUUCACUGCUUUUAUAUGCCAUCAACAGGGUACAAGGAAGCCAUCAUGUACCAAACAUAGCCACGGUUUAUCUGAGGGCAGUUUUAAUGUCAUAACCAUUAACUGCUGUAUCUCCAGGGAAAGUUGUAAUAUGAGCUAAAUGCAUAUUCUGAAGUCCUUUGAUAAACUUUUGGCCUAGCAGUUGCAUUGGUGUCCCUGCCUCCCCACGCACCACCCCUCUAGUCAUCAUACCUUCAAGUCUCCAUCAUCAUAUUUGGGACUAACUCUGAAAGCCUCCAUUCUUGCAAAGUCAAGACCCCACACAGUGCUAUUGUGACCCUUAAGGGAUGGAGUAUCCAUUAUGUUUAGGUAAUUAAAUAUUCAAACUAUCAUGAAAAAAGGAAUGUCAGCAGUGUGGAUCACAUUGGAAUUGGUCAUUAGCACUAUAUACAUAUAUAUAUAUAUUCAUCAUAUGCCUUUUCUCACUGAUUGAUAUUAGAAGAAACCUAGAAUCUUUACAUUUUGUGCUUCCCAUUAUUUCACCCAUUACUAAGCAGUGCCUAGAAUAGGCUUUACAGUGAAGAAUGACCUUUUGCAACUUGUAGAUGAAUGGUAAUAGCUAGUUACUAAAUACAAGAGUUGGGACAACUUUCUCUCUCUCCCUGUACUAUACAAGACUAUUGUUUUCAAGAAAGAAGUGGAGCUGAAAAGAAUGGCAAAUGGAUGCAUAGUCAAAUUUCCUUUGUGACAACCUAUUAAUUGUGUAAUAGUUAAUAGGUAAAAAGUCUUUGCACUCAUCCUUAUGAGCUACAGCAUUACCCAGUUGAUCAUAACCAAUCAAAAGACGAUUGAAAAUAUGAGAUUUAAUUUCAACCCGAUGUGCAUUCACCAUCCUCAAAGCAUCCAGCUAUCCAAUUUACAGAUUAUAUGGCCUAUUAGACAAAUUGGGUUUGUAUUCAAUGUAGCACUUAGCAGCGCUUUCCGUGAGCAGAACAACUUCCACUUUCACAGUGGUACUUUCCCUCCUCUCCCUUCCCAUGCACCCCCUAAAUCUGCUCUGGGUUUACCCCAACCUUCCAGAGCAGAUUGGGGGAUUGCACAAAGGGUUAGGGCUGCAGGAGAGAUGGGAAGUCAAGCCAUGCAACUAAUAAUCAUUCCACUUGUGUAUUUAGCUGAAUACCACCCAUUCAUGUUUGGAAAUAUUGUAAUGAAUUGAAACUUCCAUUAAAUAAAAUGUUUUCAGUCCGUAUGAUGAAGAAGAAAAAGGUGAGAAAGUUCAUACAGUACAUGCUGUACCUGCCUGGAACCCCUAAGACAAUAUAAAGGCACCCCAAAUUAUAUUUUUAUAAUUCUUAGUCAGCUUCAUGCUGCAGUUUGAUAGUAAUAGAGUUUGCAGUCAGUUCAUCAUGCUAAGAUGCAGAUGCCACACUGCUCCCUUUUAUAGCCAAUUACCACCUUUGGACAAUUAGAUAUAAGCCAAACCCCACAGCAGCAGUGGCUCUCAGAUGCUUUGUCUUGUUCUGUACAUAUUAUAGGGGAUGACUGACUAUACCUUUCUCCCACACUUGCUGGGAAACUACUUACCCCAGCAUUGUAAAGCAUGCAGUUGACAUGCGACCACAAUCUGUAACAAUAGCUGGUGAUGGUGGUGGUCAAUAAAACUUUAUUUAAGCUUUAACGUCUAGUAGUACAUCUGGAAAUAGAAGCCUGACAAACUUGUAUGAACAAAAAUGACUACUACAUACUCUUUUAAUUAGAGUUUUGAAGUCUGAAAAUGCAAAUGUAUUUAACCUAUAGCUGAUUUCUACAAUGACUUGCAACAUGUAGCCUGUACAUGGUAUGAACAGCCCCAUUAUACUGUCAUUAAAGAAGCUCAAUUCCUUUGCAUGCCUGGAGAAUUUUGCAGGACCAAGCCUUUAUGAAAUACACACAUAACUGCUUUAUGUUCCUUCAUCUAUUACUAUUAUUUGUACAUUAGCCACAGUGGAUUUAGAUUAUCUGUACAUAAAAUGUAGUCAAGGUUCCUAAGAACAAAAACUCAUGAAGGUAUAACUAGAUGAAAAUUAUGUUCACAUUAUAUAUUUUAAUGGUAGCUGCGCAUAGAUAAUUUAACAUGUUAAAAAUCAGAGCUAGUAUAAAGUUUAUAUUAUGUAUGGAAGCUGGCAAGUAUAUCCUUAGCAGAAUAUGCACUUAUUUUUGUUUAACAGACUUACAGAGCUGAUCAAGCAAGCAAAAUGCUUGUUAUAGAGAGUGGCAGUAAUGAAAGUCUAGCAAAGUAAAACAAAACCACGUCUGAGCUCCCUGAAGGGUGAGAUACAAAUAUAAGAAAUUAAUAAAUUGCUCUGUUCUAAUAUUUUGAUGUGUGUUAACAAUGGCUAACAUGAAUAGAAGUGGACAUUCUAAUUCUGUUAAAUCUGUGGUGAACAUAUUAUUGGGUCUACUGCUGGUAGACCCAUUUGGUAACACUACUGUGGCCACACAUACAGCCAUAGAAUAGUCCUAUCUCAGACAAGUCAGUGGACCAACCAUUGACUUGGUGACUGCAUUUGAUAAACCAUGUUGACUUAACUGGGAGUAUUUGCUGCAUAUCUAAUGGAAAAUACCUUUAUCUUUGCGGGUUUAGACGUAUUUGUUCAACCAAACAUGACUUGAUUAAUGAUGCUGAACUGUAUGUAUGUACUGUAAACGGGGGUGGCAAGAUGGCUGAAAAAUUAAAAGACAAUUUACCCAUG